UACAGAGAGAGAGAAAAGGUCCAAAGUCAGAGCCGUCAGAGAACGGGAUCGGCUCAAAGUCUCUGGAGUUGAUCGGUUCAAAGAGAACGCCGAGAAAAACUCAACCACGUGAGACGAAAUCCUCCUUUAAAUUGUCAUGCUGGUGUGCGUUUAGACGACAGAUGACAGCGUAACCCGCCCCGCCCGCAACACAGCAUUUCCAUUUUUCUAUGCGUCCUCUCUCUCUCCUUAUUUGAACAAAGCCUGCAACAUUCCUACUCCUCUGAACUUUCAACGCCUUCUAGAACGCCAGUUCAUGCGCGUGCCCGGCCCCCCUCCUGUUUCCGCAGGACGGCUUUAAGUACACCUCUCUCUCUCUCCAUCGCCCUUUAACGUCCUGUGGGAUUGCCAUUUGUAGAAAUCUUUUGGGGAAGAUCGUGUAGUUCCUCGCUCGACUCUUGGGUUCUCGCCGGAUUUUCGUUUUCAGGUUUGCUGCAAGCUUUGCUUCAGUUUCUGUUUCCACGGCUCAUUACUGCGUGAAAGUCAUUCACUUCUAUAAUAGAAGAAAAUGUUUGGUUCGAAGAAGUCUCCAUUGAAACUGGCCAAGCAUAACUCUGUUGAUAAUGCACAUCCCAUGGCUUCAGGCUCUAAUCCUUUCGGUUCUGAUGACAAGGUAGAUAAUAAGCAAAGUCUUAACUCCUCAAGAAGGACGUCUUCCGAGCCUAUGUUAGGUGAUCACACUCAAAAAGGAAUCUCUACAUCCUCAUAUUCAAGUUCACUAACCUAUGCCACGAGAAAUAAGUAUAAGAAUGAUUUUCGUGACUCUGGGGGCUUGGAGAGUCAAUCAGUGCAAGAACUCGAAAGCUAUGCAACAUACAAAGCUGAGGAGACUACAAAGAGUGUUAAUAACUCCUUGAAGAUAGCAGUAGACAUGAGGGAGGACGCAACAAGGACGCUGGUCAUGUUGCAUGAGCAGAGUGAGCAGAUCACCAGGAGCCAUGCGAUUGCUGCUAAUAUAGAUCAAGAUCUUAGCCGGGGUGAGAAGCUUCUGGGAAGCCUUGGAGGCAUGUUCUCAAAGACUUGGAAACCGAAGAAAAACCGUCAAAUUGCUGGCCCUCUAAUUACAAGAGAUGCUGUCCAGACGAAGGGUAAUCACUUGGAACAGAGGGAGAAGUUGGGUUUGACCUCAGCGAGUAAGCAACAAUCUAAGAUGCGAACGCCACUGCACGAGCCAACAGAUGCACUGCAAAAAGUCGAGGUUGAAAAGUCAAAGCAAGAUGAUGCUCUCUCAGAAAUUAGCAACAUUUUGGGGGAGCUGAAGGACACUAUUGACAUGGGAACUGAAAUUGGGAGGAGUAACAAAGCUCUGGAUCAUUUCGAUAAGGAUGUGGAGGAGCUUGAUUAUCGGGUUAAAGGAGCGAAUCAGCGUGGACGCCGUUUGCUUGGGAAGUAGGAUUCUGACCGCUCAUUUGUUUUCCAAGACACCCUUCCGUCAUUUUCUAUCUGUUGUCUUGGUAUCAUUUCUUGUGAUUUUUCACGAAUUCUCUCCUGUACUGCCUUCGCAACCUGUACACUGUAAAGAACAUGCCAUGA